UGAUGAAAUGGCUAAACAAGCAACAUUGUUCCAAUCAUGGGGAAAUACAGCAAAUACAACAAAGAAAGACUCCAACAAGGUACAUAAUGACGAUCCUAAUGACUUCAAUGAUGAUGACGAUGAUGAUGCCUUGCUUGCAAGAGCCAUGGAGGAAAGUCUCAAGGAGGCGGAACUACAACGCGAACAACAACGUCAGAUUGACAGCCUUUUGUAUAAUGCUAACAAGGAACCUCAAGCAAGCACUAGUGGUGUUGGAGCCCACAUAAAAGACACAAAAUGCUCAAAAGAUGACAAUGUUAGGAGUUUAAAACAGAGCGCAUCAUUUAGCAAACCAAAAGAGAAAAAUAAACUAGAGUUUUUAACACCAAACAGAAAAGGAACCAAAGGAAUAAAACAGUCACAUGUGCCAAGUAAAAAUCAACCAAUAUCUAGUCUGUUCACUUCGGUCAAAUCUGACCCACAACAAAACAGCAAUGAAAUCUCAGGGAAAAAUAUUGAUGCAUUUGAUCUAACCAACAUUGACUUCAACGAUGAUAUCAAUGAUGACUUCAAUGAUAAUAUUGAUGAUGAUGAAGUUUCAACUGUUGAACCUCCAUGUACAUUAGACACCACUCAAAUUGAAGAUCUCCCAGGGUUCGAUAAAUCUGCAGGCCAUAUAUGGAUUUACCCCACAAAUUAUCCAGUGAGGAUUUACCAGUUUAAUAUUGUUAAACAGGCAUUAUUUAAAAAUACUCUAGUCACCCUACCCACAGGGUUAGGAAAAACAUUUAUUGCUGCAGUAGUAAUGUAUAACUACUACAGGUGGUAUCCUCAGGGAAAGAUCAUUUUCAUGGCUCCUACUAAACCCCUAGUGGCACAACAGAUAGAGGCUUGCUAUAACAUAAUGGGGAUCCCUCCAGAUGACACUGCUGAAAUGACUGGUGCAAUGAAUAUAAGUAAGCGCAAGGAUUGCUGGGGUAGUAAACGUGUGUUUUUCCUGACCCCCCAAGUUCUCACGAAUGAUCUGACGAGGGGUAUGUGCCCUGCUGAGGAUGUGAAAUGCCUCGUGGCGGAUGAGGCUCAUAAAGCACAGGGAAACUACGCUUAUUGUCAGGUUGUAAAAGAGCUGUCAAAAUACACCAAGAACUGUCGCAUUCUAGCACUCAGCGCCACACCAGGAUCUGAUAUUAAAGCUGUACAGCAAGUUAUAAAUAACCUGCUGAUAUCUUGUAUAGAGCUACGUACUGAAGACUCCUUGGAUAUACAGCCAUAUACUCAUGAGAGAAAGGUUGAGAAAGUUGUCAUAAGACUGGAUGAUGAAUUGAAGGCUGUCAAGGAACAAUACAUGAAGGUCCUGACUGUGUACAUAGAGAGACUGACAAGACUAGGUGUUCUGUACAAGAAAGAUCCUGGUAGUUAUGCCAAGUUCCCUCUCAUACAAGCAAGGGAGCAGUUUAGAGUUAACCCACCAGAUAGAAUCAAGAGCUACCAAAAGGGCAUAGUGGAAGGUGAUUUUGCAUUGCUGAUCUCGCUGUACCAUGGCUUUGAGUUGCUCACCUUACACGGCUCCAGGUCUUUGUAUAUCUUCCUCAAAGGAAAUCUAGAAGGUGAAAAGUCAAACAGGAUGAGGACGGAGCUCACAAAAAAUGCAGAUUUUAACGAACUUUAUGAGAAACUUACACAAAAAUACAAACCACAAGAUUUACCCGAUGAUACUCAACGGCCAUCCCAACUAGCAGAUUAUGUAAAGGGGCAUCCAAAGCUUGCUAAACUUCAAAGUAUUGUCUUGGAGCACUUCCAAAGUGCAGCUGAUGGCACUAGCAGUGUAGAUCUCUCUCGGACAAGGAUUAUGAUAUUUUCGCAAUAUCGUGAUAGCGUUGCUGAAAUCAAAGACAUGUUAAACAGACAUCGCCCUCUGGUGAAGGUCAUGAGCUUUAUUGGGCAGUCAAGUGGCAAAUCAACCAAAGGAUUUUCCCAGAAAGAGCAGCUAAAAGUGAUGCGUGAGUUCCGAGAAGGAGGCUACAAUACGUUGGUGUCUACAUGUGUGGGGGAGGAAGGCUUGGAUAUAGGUGAUGUUGACCUGAUUAUCUGCUUUGAUGCCCACAAGAGUCCAAUACGUCUUGUCCAAAGGAUGGGGCGUACAGGACGUAAGAGGGAGGGAAGGAUUAUCAUGCUGAUGACAGAGGGAAAAGAGGAAGCUAUCUACAAUCAAAGCCAGUACAGCAAGAGGACCAUCCACAAAGCUAUUCUCAAUGGUAAAAAGUCCCUGAAGUACAAUAUGAACACCCCACACAUGAUACCAGAUGGGUUGAACCCAAAGCCUCAUAAAAUGUACAUCACAGUGGAUAAAACCUACAGAGCUGGCUCUAAAGGUCUCAAGGUCACAGAGAAGAAAGCGCAGAAGACAAUAAGUGGCUUGAUUGGAGCUAAGGGCAAAGGUAAAAGAUCCAAAGCUGAUGUAGAGAGUCCAUUUCUGAAUGAUGAGGAGUUGGCAUAUUGGCACAAUCAUUUGAGGGUCGAUAAUCCUGAGGAGACACCCCACCUCACAGCUACAUCAAGAAUGCUUACUUUACCACCUUAUAAUCAAAAUGGAGGUGAAGAUGGGACAAUGGAGGGGACAAUUGAGAUGACAUUGUCAUUAAAUGAAUGGAUGCCAUGGCAGAACCAGUUGCAACCUACAUACAGAUCAGGGCACUCUAUCAAGUCAAAUCAUCUUGUAGAACUCAUUCAGUUUGCUGAAUUGCAAGCAAGUAUUGGUGAAGAUGUUGAUCAUUAUGGGAUGGAAAUGGCAACAUUUCUUGAUGAGGAUGACAUCAUCAGACCUGACACUCAGCGAGGAAUAAUGAAAUAUUGCACCGGUGCAAAGAACAAAAGUGCAGAAUCUCCAAAAACACACAAAAACAAACGUCUGAGUGAUAAACUUGCAGCGUUGAAUUCCGACAGCCAAUCAGAUAGCGACAAUGAGUUCCCUGCAUUCAACACCAAAACAAAUCAAAAUAUUUCAAACGAAAAACACACUGAUAUUGAUCAAAAUGAAAAACAGAAGGAUCUGAGUGAUGAAAACUCUAGAGGCUUAACAGAGGAGGUGCUUACCAUAAAGAGAAAGACAGCAAAGAAGAGGAGAUCAAGUGAUGCUCUGAACAGAUCAUUCAUACGGUUGAUUGAGGAAGAUGACACUGGGGAUUUUAUGGAAGAUGACACAAACACUAAUAACAAUGAUUUCAAAGACACUGGUGACCCUCCUAAAUGUAUUACAAAUUCAGAUACUAUACAGAACCUAAAUAGAGUCAAACAAAAUAUAAAACCAGUCAAACAUGCAAAACUAUCAAAAAGUCCCACUGGUGAAGACAAAGAUAUCUCUCUAUCACAGUUUUUCCCAAGUUUCACCCCACACAACCCAUUCAGAUCUAAUCCAUCAGCUGACAACAAAUCUAACUUAUGCAGUGAAUCAAAAGAAUGUGCAGUAAAGACCCCUCCUGCAAUAGAAGAUCUGGAUAUUGCCAUGGAAACUCUUGACAACAGAAAUAAUUUAUCUCAGGUUGACUUUCUUGACUUGGUUGAUGUCUGGGAUGAACAGAUUGACACCACAACUAUUGAACCAAACUCAAAACGUAAAAGCUUUGAAAUCGGAUUAUCCAAGGACUCUAAAGAAACAUCAAAGAUCGGAAAAGGUGAUGCAUUUCACGCCCCAAAAAGGAAGGCUUCUAUUUGUUCUGAUCCUCUUAAACUGUCAACAAGUGUUCCUUUGGAAGAUGUCUCUAUGGGAGUAGAUGACACUAUUGAUGAACUAAAUGAUCCAAUAGAUGAGGUCACGCAUCCCAUGGAUGAUUACUUGAAUAACCUUAAUGAUGACAUUGAUAGUCCAACAGAUGAUAUCAGUCAUAUUCAUAAUAAUUCUUCAGAUGAACUCAUUAACCAGAAUGAUGCAGUAUUAGAUGAUGAUGUAACAACUGUGGAGACAGAUGAAGUCAAUAAAAAGCCUUUAUUUAAAUCUAUAAUGAAUACAACAAAAUCCAGCGAUACUUCAGUGACUCCUGCAAAAUCAUCAAAAAGUAUCUAUAGUGCAAAGAAUGAUAAAGAUACUGGAAUCGUACAAACAGAAAGUGCACAAGUAAGACCCAAAGAUAUUGGGAUAAGCUUUGAUAUGACUGGAUUCGAUGAAGAUUGGAGCGCAGAUAGUGAUAUCCUAAAUAAGCCCAUUGACUCACACGAUGAAGUACAAUUUGAUAAUAAAUGUAAAAAUCAUACAUUACAAACUAGCACACCAGUCAGUAAAGUUAGUAACAAGGAAAAAAGUCUCCGUAAAUCAUUGGCCAGUAAACUAUCAUCUAAGAAAGAGUCUUUGGGAAAGAAUGACAGAAGAUCUGAAAGUAAAGAAAAUGCCCAUAAUAUUUCCCAACCUUAUAUUCAUGAAUCACAUGCCUCUUUUUUUGAUGAAGAUCCAGAUGAUUUGAUCUUCGCUGCAAUGGCUACUCCUGGUGCUCAAGCAAAAAAGUCAAAUCUGAGAAAAACACCAAAUGGUAAAUCACAAUUAGACACAACACAAAUUAGCUUCACCCAAGCCCUAGCUUGUGUUCACAGUAGUCUAGAGACUGACAAUGAGUCGUUUGUGGAGCAACCUGGCCAGCUUCGUAAUAUCAAGGAGAAUACUCCGCUCAAAAGUAAUACACGAUCACAGAAAUGUGAACCUAAGAAUUCAGAUAAUAUUGGAAAUGUUUCCAUGAAGCUAACUAGUGAUGAUAGCAAUUAUACUAUGGAUGACGAUCAACCAAUAUUUGACCUUGGAUUUGACCUUGGAGAUGAUAAACCCAAGUUUGACCUUGGAUUCGACCUCAGUGACCUUGAUGAUGAUGAUGAUGACAUCAUCCCUCCAUCCCCACCAAGUAGCACACAACCUUUUUCCCAAAAGUCCUUCAGGAGUACUAGUCAUAAUAACAGUCAAAAUAGUAUCACUGAGGUCAAAAAUGAAAAACCUAAGGUAAAAAGGAAGGUUAACACCAAAAUCUCAGUUGAGCCAUUAAAACUGAAUAUUCCUUCUUAUGAGUUUGAUUUAGUAGCUAACAGCAGUGAAUCUGAGGCCUUAAUAUCUCCUUCUUUAAUUCAGCCUAAACAGAAGCAGACCACUCAAAAUCCUUACAAAAUGAAUCAAGAUCAGUGCACAACAAAUAAAUUGAUGUCUAAAUUAUCAUUAAAACGAAAAAGUGCAAGCCCAAAAGAUGAAGUCAAAGACAUGGAGGAUAAGAAACUGAAACUAAGUGAGUCAUUUUUACAAAAUGAACUGGAUGUUGCAAAACAACUAAAUAUGGAUGUAUCAAUGGAGAUGUUUCAAAAUGAAAUUAAGAUACCAGAAAAGUUCCUGAAACCUAGGAUGGCUUCCCCCACCAUCUUCACAAGUGUUCAGUCCAGUCAAGGUUUCAAUAAUUCACCUCCAAUAGCUAUAGUUUCACCUCAAACAAGGACAGCCAUUUUGAACCAUGAUUACAUUGAAUCUGAAUCGGAGCCAAAAUCUCCAAUAUUUUAUCAGUCUCAAAUGAAAGAGCAUGAGGUAUCAAAAUGUGACGCUCUAGUUCAUGAUGGCUUAGAUGUUCAUAUGAAAGCUCCCCUUGCUGAACCACAUGUCCCCCAAGUUGAAACAGUUGAUUCUGAUACUGAAAUGACUGAUUCUGAUUCUCCCAUAUUCCAAUCCCAAGUGAAGAAGAAGGGUAUUUCACCACCAAUCGGCAAAGUUGUUCCAAUGGAAAGAACAAGUUCUGAUAGUGAAGAUGAUGAAAUUGUAGCUGUUAGACGUAAGAAAGUCGCAGUGUUGAUGUCUCCAGAUACUCCUGAUGUUUCCAUGCACCAACAUUCGGUCAGAAGGGAUGUAACAGUGUGUGAUUCACCAAUGGACACUCCUAUCAGACCAGUGGCUAUAAAGGGAAAGUCACAGAGACAGCUUGUGUCUGAUGAAGAUGAUACUCCAGUGAGAGGUGUCAGAAAACCUCUAGUGCGCACGUUAGAUCUUUCGCACACUUCAGAUGAUGACGAUUUUGAAGAUGUCUGGCAAACUUCUCGGAAAGAAAUAAAUGCAAGCAGUGUAACAGAUAUACCUUUCAAGACAAAGAAAUCUAAACAUUCUGCAGCUGCAAGGGGAUUUCUAGAUACAGAAGCUGAGCUUUCAGGGGAUGAUAUUUCUACUGAUGAUGAUCUGGAUGAAUAUGAUGAGCUGGAUUCAAGUUUCAUCAAUGAUGAAUGCAGCCAAUCCCAGGCUUUAUCUCAAGAAAAUGUUGACAAUCGUGCAAUGUAUUUGAAGUCUGUUCGGAGUCCAUUGUUAGGGCCUGGGAAGUAUAAGUUACGUUACCAAGAAAACCCAGAUAUGGAUGUCUUUUCCCAGGUGGCACCACAGGAUGAAACGUAUGCAGAGGAUAGUUUUUGUGUUGCAAAUGACCAUGAAAUAACUGAUGUAAUAUCAGAUCCUGACACCCCUAAAGUACUUGGGAAACGAAAUAGAAAGAAUACACGACUAGAGAAUAAGUUUAGUAAACUCAAAGAGGCUAAAAAUGUGAGACAACAGAAAAACAGGAUUGUAUAUCAAGUGAACUCUUCAAGUGAUGAGGAAGAAACGGCAGAUGGAAAUGAUGGAAUUGCCAGUACUAAAAUGAUGCCACCUAUAUCAAGAACAAAUAUUGCAAAUAUCAAGCCUGAUUAUGAUGAUUUCAAAAUGCCAUCUUUGAUAUCUAGAUGUAGCAAUAGGAUGAAAAACGACAAGAAAAGUGAAAGCAUGAGAAAUGCAUGUACUCUCACAAAUAAUAAAUCUCACAUUCAACCUCUGAAUUCAAUAAAAGACAAAAAAGCUGUGAUAACCAAUAAAGAACGUGAAGAAAGACUUAAGAAACAAAAAGAAGCUCAGGUAGCAUUUCAGCAAAAGUAUCGUGAAAAGCAAAGACUCUCUCAAGAGCAAUCAGAAACAUCAAAAUGUGAAAAUGUGGCUGUAAAUUAUAUUGGAAGCACUAACACUGGAACUUGCCAGAGUAUAACCAGAACAUCACAUAAUAUCACACAGACACAAUCUGUCUACCAGACCCCUCUAUUGACAGGCAGCAUAACUAGCCCUGGGACUGCAUCAACAAGGAACAGGGACAAACCUCUUGUAUUUGUUGACUCCAGGGAGCUUGCAAGCGGACAGGACAUAGUGUCAGCUCUAAGGUGUGAACACAAGCUCAAUGCAGUAGUUUGUCAACUAGUAGGCUGUGACUAUAUAGUCAGCAAUAGAAUGGGUAUCGAGAGAAAGAUAUGGUCAGAUUUUACAAAUGGCUCUAACAAACAAAAGCUCGUUGAUCGAAUGUGCCAUCUCUCUGAAUUGUUUGAACGACCCGUCCUGAUAUUAGAAAAAGACAGGCUCAAACCUGGUGAAGAAAAACACACACGUCAGCUGUUCCGUACAAAGUACACAGACACUAUGCUGGCACAUCUAUCUCAAAGCAGAGUUAAAGUUUUCUACAGUGACUCCCAGGAGGAAACUUCUAAAAUCAUAGCAGACAUUGUCCACAUGGAGAAGCGGAAAAAUCAGCAUGUUAAUGUACCUGAAACUUUGACAACCAAAAGAGAACAGUUAAUGAAGUUCUACAUGUCCCUACCGAAGAUCAACUAUGUCACCGCACUAAAUCUUUCCCACAACUAUAGGACUUUGAGAGACUUUAUGCAAAGCUCUGUUCCUGUCAUCCAGGAGAGAGGACAUCUGUCUCAAUCAAAGGCCUUAGAGAUAUACCAGUACAUCAGACAUGAAUUCAAUAUGCAGAUGGUCCCUUCUGCUAAAUAAUACAUGACAAUGUCAGUCUAUG